UACCCCAAAUAGUGGGAGUUACAAAUUGAGAAUUUGACUUGCUGACCAGCUACUACUAUAUCUAAUCCCUCAUAUUCCCCAUAAUACCCCUGAAUCUUUGAAUAGACGAAAAUACCCUUCCCCAACAACCCCCUUCCUUUAUAAACUGUCAUAUCCCUAUUCUACGUUAGACCAUUGUCAGUGUUUGCGAGAUCAUAGAUAGACACACACACAACCACAAUGGCUGCCACUGCUUCCAACUCUCUCCUUUGCACCAAAACGCUAGUCCCAACCCUCCCUUCUUCCUCCAACAACCUCAACAACAGCAACCAAUGCUCCUCCUUUCCCAGGCCCAGGCCCAGGCCCAUCCAGGCCCUGAACAACUCCGUGACUGUAAUAACCGACAAGAAGUGCGAGGCAAAGUGGGUGGUGGACAGCUGGAAGUCCAAAAAGGCUCUUCAACUCCCGGAAUACCCGGAGCAAGAGAAGCUCCAGUCGGUGCUCAAGAGCCUGGAAGCCUUCCCUCCGAUUGUGUUUGCCGGAGAGGCCCGCAACCUCGAGGAGCGCCUCGCCCAGGCUUCCAUGGGAAACGCGUUCCUCCUCCAGGGCGGAGACUGCGCUGAGAGCUUCAAGGAGUUUCAUGCAAAUAACAUUCGUGACACCUUCAGACUCCUCCUCCAAAUGAGUGUCGUCACCAUGUUCGGAGCCCAAGUGCCUGUCAUUAAGGUGGGAAGAAUGGCGGGUCAAUUUGCGAAACCGAGAUCGGAAGCGUUUGAGGAGAAAGACGGGGUGAAACUCCCAAGUUACAGAGGAGAUAAUGUGAAUGGAGAUGCUUUCGAGGAGAAAACGAGAAUUCCUGAUCCUGAAAGAAUGAUAAGAUCAUACAGCCAAUCUGCUGCGACUCUCAAUCUUCUGAGAGCAUUUGCGACGGGAGGAUAUGCUGCUAUGCAAAGGGUUAGCCAAUGGAAUUUGGACUUCACGCAACACAGCGAGCAAGGAGACAGGUACCUAGAGCUUGCUCGCCGAAUUGAUGAGACCCUUGGGUUCAUGGCUGCUGCUGGCCUCACAAUGGAUCAUCCUAUAAUGAAAACAACCGAGUUUUGGACUUCACAUGAAUGUUUGUUAUUGCCCUAUGAACAAUCACUCACUAGGUUGGAUUCAACUUCUGGUCUCUACUAUGACUGCUCCGCCCAUAUGCUUUGGGUUGGUGAACGGACUAGACAGCUCGAUGGUGCUCAUGUUGAAUUUCUAAGAGGGAUUGCUAAUCCCCUUGGAAUUAAGGUAAGUGAUAAGAUCGAUCCAAAGGAGCUUAUUAGACUAAUAGAGAUCUUGAAUCCCCAGAACAAGCCAGGGAGAAUAACUGUGAUAACGAGGAUGGGAGCUGAAAAUACGAGGGCGAAACUUCCACAUCUGAUCAGGGGAGUACGCAAUGCGGGACUAAUUGUAUGUUGGGUCAGUGAUCCUAUGCAUGGAAACACCAUAAAAGCUCCCUGUGGACUCAAAACUCGCCCCUUCCAUUCCAUCAUGGAGGAGGUGAAAUCAUUCUUCGACGUGCAUGAACAAGAAGGAAGCCACCCAGGUGGGGUUCAUCUAGAGAUGACAGGUCAGAAUGUGACUGAGUGCAUUGGUGGGUCAAAGAUGGUCACCUUUGAUGAUCUCAGCUCACGCUACAACACUCACUGUGACCCCAGGCUUAAUGCUUCACAGUCUCUUGAGCUUGCUUUCAUCAUUUCUGAACGCCUCAAAAAGAAUAGGAUCGGGUCAAAUCUGAACAAUGUUUUUUCUCUAUAGAAUGGCUUUGCUCCUUUUCCUUAAGUUUUAUAUAUAUGGACGCAACCAACAAUGUUAUUGAAUAAUGUUUUGUGGAUAGGAGAGGAGAUAGGUAUAAUAGGUAGCAUGUUAAGAAAAGAGAAAUAGAGAAAUAAUUAAGGAAGAUCAAAUGACUGUUUUGUAUUAAUGAAGUAUCCAUGAAUGUUAUUAAACUUGGACAUGGACCAUUUAGAUAUAAA